AUGGUUCACGAAGCCGAUGUCGCCAGGGCUGUGUAUGCUCAGAAUGAGAAAUGGGAAAAGGUGAGGAAAGAGAGGCCGAGGCCGGAGGGGAUUCGCCAAUGGACGACGGUAGAGAUGAAACGCCGGUCGGAGGGGGCUGCGAUGUCGAAGGUUUCGGGAAUUGGGCUUCAGGGUAGUCGGGCUGAGGUGAUUAACCAAUCUGGGCCGGUGACUGGGCCGGUGACGACAGAAGAAGGAGAGGGGCUCCAAGUGAUGACAACUGUAGAUGGGUCGAGGCUAUGUAAGGCCUAA